CUUUUUCAACAACAGUCUGUUAAAACUAACCACGUACAAUGAUUGUUUUUUCUUUGCUUUCCAGGUUCUUUCUCAAGUUCUUCCUCAAGUGUAACCAAAAUUGUCUCAAAAAUGCUGGCAAUCCGAGAGAUAUGCGACGAUUUCAGGUUAUCAUUUCAACACAAGUGGGAGUAGACGGUCCACUACUUGCUGUUUCGGAUAAUAUGUUUGUCCACAAUAACAGUAAACAUGGGCGUAGAGCUAAGCGGUUGGAUCCAAGUGAUCACGGAGAGUACAAUAGUUUAUACCCAGCAUUACCAUUGCAAACUCCCUGUAUAAAAGCAAUAUCUCCAAGUGAAGGUUGGACUUCAGGUGGAUCAACGGUAAUCAUAAUCGGAGAACAUUUCUUCGAUGGCUUACAAGUGGUCUUUGGAUCUAUGCUAGUUUGGAGUGAGCUAAUAACGGACCAUGCUAUAAAAGUUCAAACGCCACCACGGCAAACUCCUGGUGUGGUCGAAGUGACGUUGUCGUAUAAAAGUAAACAAUUUUGUAAAGGUUCGCCUGGGCGAUUCAAUUAUGUUUCGCUAAAUGAGCCAACCAUAGCAUACGGAUUCGAUAGACUGCAAAAGUUAAUUCCAAGACACCCGGGAGAUCCCGAAAAAUUGCCAAAAGAAAUAAUCCUUAAAAGAGCUGCUGAUUUGGCGGAAGCUCUGUACAACAUGCCGAGAACAACAACAACAGGUAAUUCAGGAAUCAGUGGUGGGGCGCCGAGAAGUCCAGGGUCAAACCAUGUACCUGUACCGCCGACAUCGAGCUCUGCCAAUACAUCUUUUAAUUCUUAUACAGGUCAAUUGGCAGUCACUGUACAACAGCAAGAAAAUGGUAGUAGCAGUACAGCAAAAUGGACCGAUGACGGAAAUACUGGAAGCACGGGGGCUAGUGGUGUUGAAAGAGGAGGAAGUAGUAGUAGCAGCAGCAGUAGUAGCAGUAGCGGCAGCGUAGGUGGUAGUAUUGACACAUAUCGACAAAGUAGUAGGGCAAGUCCAAGAGGAAUAAUAAGCAACAGCGGUGGAGGAGGUGGUGAAGCUCCCGGUGGUAGUAGCUUUUGUGGAAGUACUCCUAGUACACCACACAGUCAUACAACUAGUGGAAGUUAUUCAGCUGUGGUUAAUCCAUACACUAUCAGUCCAACCUUCUACACUUCUCCGCACGAACAAUAUGGAAUUUUCUAUUCGUCUGGUGACGUGGGAGGUGGGAGUGCAUUUGCCCCCGUAGUCAGACAACCAGCCACAACUGUUUCAGUUUCAUCACCACAUUGGUCCACACAACACCACCUUGCCACAGCUGCUCAGUAA